GGCUGUGCUAGUCAGUGCGGAGGCGGGGGAAGAACUCACCUUCGUUAGAGGAAGAAAAGGUGCAGCAGCAGCGGCGAGGGAGAAGAGCUGUAACUGGAGGAAGGAGCUCGGGGCGGUGCGAGGAUCCGUUCCGCUUGACUAAACUUGCUCCUACGACGCCCCUGCCAAACUAGUUACCGGCACCGCUGAGGGGCUCCGUGUCCCCGCACCACUAGUGGAUUUAAAGCUGCAGCAGCAGGUGUGACUGGGAGCCGACAUGGACAGCGCUCACGCCAAGACUGUCACUGAGGUGCUGCGGCUCUUCGAAGUGAAUGAGAACUGCGGACUGAGCAGCGAGCAGGUCCGGAGGAGCAGAGAGAAAUAUGGGCUGAACGAGCUGCCAGCCGAAGAAGGUAAAUCUCUUUGGGAAUUGGUUCUGGAACAGUUUGAAGACCUCUUAGUUCGCAUUCUUCUCCUCGCUGCAUUUGUAUCUUUUGUGCUGGCCUGGUUCGAGGAAGGUGAAGAGACAACAACUGCUUUUGUAGAACCAAUAGUUAUUAUUAUGAUCCUAGUAAUCAAUGCCUUUGUGGGAGUAUGGCAAGAGAGGAAUGCAGAGAGUGCUAUUGAAGCCCUCAAGGAAUAUGAACCAGAGAUGGGGAAGGUGAUCCGUGCUGAUCGGAGUGGAGUGCAACGCAUCAGAGCCAGAGACAUUGUCCCUGGAGACAUUGUAGAAGUUGCAGUUGGCGACAAGGUACCUGCUGAUAUUCGAAUUUCAGAGAUUCGAUCUACCACUCUUCGUGUCGAUCAAUCUAUACUUACAGGGGAAUCUGUGUCUAUAAUAAAACAUACAGAUCCUAUUCCAGACCCAAGAGCUGUUAAUCAGGACAAGAAAAAUAUGCUUUUUUCUGGCACAAAUAUUGCGUCUGGAAAGGCAGUGGGGAUCGUAAUUGCGACUGGUAUUUACACAGAAAUUGGAAAGAUCAGAAACCAAAUGGUUGCUACUGAGCCAGAGAAGACCCCAUUACAACAGAAGCUUGAUGAAUUUGGUCAGCAGCUCUCAAAAGUCAUCUCCCUUAUCUGCGUAGCUGUCUGGGUGAUCAAUAUUGGCCACUUUAAUGACCCUGUGCAUGGUGGCUCCUGGUUUCGAGGUGCCAUCUACUAUUUUAAAAUUGCCGUGGCAUUGGCUGUAGCAGCUAUUCCAGAGGGUCUUCCAGCUGUCAUAACAACCUGUCUGGCGUUGGGUACACGCCGCAUGGCAAAAAAGAAUGCCAUUGUGAGGAGCCUUCCAUCUGUUGAGACACUUGGGUGCACUUCGGUUAUCUGUUCAGACAAGACCGGUACAUUAACCACAAAUCAAAUGUCUGUGUCCAGGAUGUUUGUAAUUGAAAAAAUUGAAGGCGUGAAUUGCAGCUUUCAUGAGUUCAGCAUUACUGGAUCCACAUAUGCCCCAGAAGGUCACAUCCUUAAAGACGAAGAGCCUGUUAACUGUGGACAAUAUGAUGGAUUGGUAGAGUUAGCAACAAUCUGUGCCUUGUGCAACGAUUCCUCCUUGGAUUUCAACGAGUCCAAGGGAGUUUAUGAGAAAGUGGGUGAGGCGACAGAGACUGCAUUGACAUGCUUGGUUGAAAAGAUGAAUGUUUUUAAUACCAAUCUGAGUACCCUUUCAAAGGUGGAGAGAGCAAACACCUGCAAUUCUGUUAUAAAGAAACUGAUGAAAAAAGAAUGCACGCUGGAGUUUUCACGGGAUCGCAAGUCCAUGUCUGUCUAUUGCAACUCUGAAGCUCCCAAUUCAGGUCAUUCUGCUAGCAAGAUGUUUGUUAAGGGUGCUCCCGAAAGUGUGAUUGAACGCUGUAACUAUGUGCGUGUUGGCUCUACAAAGCUUCCACUGACUCCAUCAGCAAGAGAAAAGAUCAUGUCCAAGAUUCGGGACUGGGGAACUGGAAUAGACACUCUUCGCUGUCUUGCUCUCGCAACCCGAGAUGUCCCACCAAAAUUAGAAGACUUGCAAUUGGAGGAUUCUACAAAAUUUAUUAAUUAUGAGACAAACCUGACAUUUGUGGGAUGUGUUGGAAUGUUGGAUCCUCCCAGGAAAGAGGUUUCUACCUCAAUAGAACUGUGCAAGAAAGCUGGUAUUAAAGUAAUAAUGAUAACAGGUGAUAACAAAGGUACUGCAGUGGCAAUCUGCCGAAAGAUUGGCAUUUUCUCAGAAUAUGAGGAUAUAACAGACAAAGCAUACACCGGAAGGGAGUUUGAUGACCUAUCACCAGAGAAACAAAGGGAAGCCUGUCGCAGUGCCCGUUGCUUUGCACGUGUGGAACCAGCACAUAAGUCCAAGAUUGUUGAGUAUCUACAGUCCUACAAUGAAAUUACUGCCAUGACUGGUGAUGGAGUAAAUGAUGCGCCAGCCCUUAAAAAGGCAGAGAUUGGCAUUGCUAUGGGCUCAGGCACUGCGGUGGCAAAAUCAGCAGCAGAAAUGGUCUUAGCUGACGAUAACUUCUCAUCUAUUGUGUCUGCAGUAGAGGAGGGGAGAGCUAUUUACAACAAUAUGAAGCAGUUCAUUCGCUAUCUCAUUUCUUCAAAUGUUGGCGAGGUUGUCUGUAUCUUUCUGACUGCUAUUCUUGGCCUGCCUGAAGCACUUAUUCCAGUUCAGCUGCUCUGGGUAAACCUGGUCACUGAUGGUCUCCCUGCCACUGCUUUGGGAUUCAACCCACCUGACUUGGACAUCAUGGAGAAACUUCCUCGCAAUGCAAGGGAACCUCUCAUCAGUGGCUGGCUCUUUUUCAGAUACCUUGCAAUUGGAGUCUAUGUUGGCUUGGCUACUGUGGGUGCAGCAACAUGGUGGUUCUUAUAUGAUGAAGAUGGACCACAAGUUACUUUUUACCAGUUGAGCCAUUUCAUGAAAUGUACUAGCGACAACCCUUUGUUUUCAGGAAUUGACUGCGAGGUUUUCGAGUCCCGUUACCCAACUACUAUGGCGCUUUCUGUGCUAGUAACAAUUGAGAUGUGCAAUGCCCUAAAUAGUUUGUCUGAGAAUCAGUCAUUACUAAGGAUGCCACCAUGGCUCAACAUUUGGCUGCUUGGUGCUAUAAUUAUGUCUAUGGCUCUUCACUUCCUGAUCCUCUAUAUAAAACCAAUGCCGCUAGUUUUCCAAGUGACUCCACUAAACUGGACCCAGUGGGUGGUAGUUCUGAAGAUUUCACUGCCAGUUAUCCUGCUUGAUGAAGGACUCAAAUAUAUAUCAAGACAUCAUCUAGACGGCCUGCUAAAGACAGUAGAACAGUCUUGGAAUGGGACUGCGCAAAUGAAACCACAUAGAUCUCAUGACCAGACUGGGAGGAACAGGUUUCAGCAACACACAGACAACAACAUUUCUAAGUAAAGAAUCCUUACGUUGCAAGCCCAACUGAAGUCUCCUGCAUGAGCAGCCAUUACAAGAGAACAAGCAGAAUUUGCAUGUCUCUAACCCAAGGAGACCAGUCUGGGAAAACGUAAACUGCAAAAUACUGAAAUAUUUGUUUGUAGCUUUUUUUUCUGUGCAUAAAGGUGCAAUAACUGGACAGCUGAAUUGUGGUUUGGGAUAUAUGUUGUUGCAAUUUUUUGGGUUAAAGCUGCAGCUCUUGAAAAUUCAGGACCUGUCUUAUAUUUCAAUUUUUGUUACUGUAAAAUGAAGAGGUUAACAACCCCCCCCCCCUUCCAAAAUAUUAAAUAGAUAUAGGUAAAUUAGCAGUUUUGCAAGGAAACAAUGGCGCUUUUGUAGUGUGCAUAAUGAUCAGACUUGCAGGCUUGAGGGUUUGAUUUGAAGAAGACAACUCUGGUCUGGCAGACACAUAACCCUCCUGCUGUUGUGAAGUGCAUUUCUUAGUCUUAAUCUUGCCACAAAUAUUGGAUGUCCUAGGUGCCCUAGUGUGAGCUUAUAUAUAAUAUAAUAGUUAAUAUAUAAAUUACAAGAUUCACUUCUGCUACAUUAUUGGCAUGCCUCUGAGAAGCUGUGACAUUGUUUAUGUGAACCUUUCAAUUGGUUUAAGUUAAAUAUCACUAUUUACAGUGCCUGAGAAUUGCAUCCCUUGGUAGAGCUGAUUUGUUAUUUUUCCCCCUCUUUUAAUGCAUUUUUAGCUCAUCCACUUAAUAUAUAAACACUUUUUAAUGUAAUGCAGAGCUAUAUAGUAACCAGAUAGCAGGUAGCAUAUACUGAUCACCCUUGGUGUUGCUGUGUCUGGGCAAACUUUGUGCCCUUUAAUAUACUGGGGGUUUGGGUCAAUUUCCAUACAGUUGCACUUGUUCUCAGUAGGUUAAUGUCCCACCAAACAUGGAGUUGCCUUGAUUUAUUCACUUUGAAAUUAUUUAUAGUAGCUGUGAAUUGUUUCCUAUCAUUUCACAUGGCAUCACCACAAGUAUCACCUGAAACCACAGACGGGCACAAUUGAUGGCAGUUCAUAACAGGAAGCGAAUAAAACCAUGUGUUUCUCACCACUAUUAAAUACAGACACAUCUCCUGUUGUGAUAGUAGGAUCUGUUUUAAUUGAUGGACAUUUUCUUUCCAAAUCUAAAGACUAAUUUUAUAGACCCUAGCAUUUUAGUCCCUAAACAAAGAAUACAAAACCUGUGGCUGUCCAUCGUUUUUGGAACUAUAGCAUCCAGCAUUGUGAGAGUACCAUCAUGCACCACUACUAGAGAUUGUCUAACAUUCCUGACUUACACCUUGCUAAGCCUUCAUUUGUUACUUUGCAUCACUUCCCAUUCAAUUUAGGCAUUGCUUUGUCUCAUGGCAGCUUGAAAUACUUCAGUCUACUGGAGCCUAGUACAUCUGUUAAUAUGUUAAUCCACCUGAUAAAAAAUGCACAAAUGAAUACUGUAUAUUUGAUUUGAAGGCACCCUGGGAAUCAUCCAAGAAUAAAAGGGGAUGACACAAACUGCUUCCACCAUAAUUCUUAUAUAGCUCGGGCAGGUGCAUCUGGGCUUUUUCGUUUACUUUUAUUUUGAUUCAUAUAAUGAUCUUUGUACUAUAAUGACACUAGAAAUAAUAACAAUUCAGGGUUUCUUAAUUUUGCCAUGCAAUGCAGUGUGUGCCCUGUGAUGGAACCAAACAGUCUCAACUGCCCCAAUAUGUAAUAUCCAGGAUUCCCUUUAGAAAACCAUUUUCUCAGUCUCCUUAUCUUAAUAUUUGGAUCUCAUGGAUAUUCCGCUUUAUAGUUAGUUGAUCUCAAGGUAAUGCACCAUGCCAACAACAUUGGGCUGGAUGGGCUCCAAAGAGCUGAUCUAUUCAUGUCAGUGUAUAGAGCCCUAGGAUUGGCCCGAGGUGGGUUUCUACUUUGCUCCUGGCCUUACUUCACAUUAUUUAAGGCUUCUUCCAAGGUAUAGGCACAGUAUAUGAGGAAAAUACACCAUUUCAGUAAGUUACGCUUGGCUUCUAUUAGGAAAAUAUUUCAUGACCGUUUUACCACCAGGGAAUUUACAAAAUAAGUUUCUUUUUUUCUUGUUGAUCCUUUCUGUUUGCCAUAUGAAAAUGUUGGCAGUUAAAGUCACUUGUAUGUGGUUCUGUAAUGUUCACAAAGGCAGGUGGUGUGCCUUUGGCCGAUGCCUGAUUAUAUAUGGUAUAAUGAACCAUUAAUAUGAAUUAUAUAAAUAUUAGAGGCUAGGGGCUGGGUGCUUUUGGUACAGGUCAACCAAUGAAUUCUAUCAUUAUUAUCAUGAGUAAACAGAAUAUAUUUGAAAUCAGUCUGUGUUUGAAGUUAGGCUUUCCAGUUGAAGGCCCACAUGACACAUCUGGCCCCAGAAUGCCAAAGAACUCUAUAAACUUAUUUGAAUCUACCCACUACUGGUCACAGAUUUAUCAAGGGUCGAAUUGAAUAUUCGAAAUUCUAAUUUUUUUAUGGUCAAAACUAUCAAAUUUGACUAGGGAGUUAUUCAAAUUUGAUUUGAGUUGAUCAUACUCUGGCCCUAGGAACUCAUUCGACUAUUCACUACCUAAAACCUGCCGAAUUGCUGUUAAAGUCAAUGGGAGACGUCCAGGGAUCAAUUUGGAGUUGUUUGUGUGUUCUAAAAAAAAACUCGAAUCAAGUUUUUAAAAUUCCAAUUGAAUUCGCUUCGAGUUUUUAGGUCGAUCCUAUUCCCCCGAGUUUAAAAAAUUAGAUUUUUAUAAUAAAUUUCGAUUGGUCGAAUUUCGAGUUCACGGGAGGAGAUUUAUAUGAAUUUGAAAUUGGACCCUUGAUAAAUGUGCCUGUAGAUAUGCCAAUUCUUUGCUAGGGACUUCCAGGCAAUAGAGUGUCUUUUUCUGGUGUGGUUUAGCUCUUAACCACCUACAAUAGACUGUUGAGCCAUGAGACAAAGCCAAUGUCUAUAGAUAAUCAUUCAAUUCAUCUUUACUGUCUGCCCCUCUGUGAUUUAUCUCUUACUCCUACAGACCAAUGGAUGUGUAUGCAGUCAUUAUACUACUGAGCAGUGUAGUCAUUGUACAGAGAAAAAACUCACAAGAUGUUACUGUAAUUAAUAUAUACUGUAUUUAAGGAUUUCUAAUGCUAUAUGAGACACCUUGUACAAAUGCUAUUGUAACCGGAAACGUUUUGACCAAAAAAAAAA